GGUGCGAUUAAGAAAUAGCACCGCCAUCGCCAGUUCGCCUCCAAUUCUGUGCAUCGGAUAUCCACACCACGUGGCGGAGUCCGGACAAAAGCGACACCGCCGACCACCGAUGUUUGCAAGCCUCGCCAGCGGUACGUUCGGAACCCUGCGCCACUUCCGUUCUUCUUCUUCAGUUCCAUUUCUGUCAUACUAUACUUCCUACUCUUCACUCUUCAAGUUUCAUGCCCUAACAUCGAUCAUGGAUUCCAUCAACUACACCAAAAACAGUCAUGGAAGCUCCUCCUUCUCUACCUCUGCUCGUUCUUCUAGAAGUGGUGGUGGAGGAAGAGGUUCAGCAACGAAAGAAAGCCAUGGAAGGUCAAGAGGGCGAGGUGGAGGUGGAGGUGGUGGUGGACAAGAUAGAAUCGAUGCUCUUGGAAGGCUCUUGACCCGAAUUUUGAGGCAUAUGGCUUCUCAGCUGAACUUAAAUAUGAGGAGCGAUGGGUAUGUCAAGGUUCAAGAUCUACUGAGACUCAACCUGAAAACUUUCGCCAAUGUUCCAAUAAGUUCUCACACGGUUGAUGAUAUUAAGGAGGCAGUCAUAAGGGAUAAUAAGCAGCGGUUUAGCUUGCUUGAAGAGAAUGGGGAGCUUUUGAUCCGUGCAAACCAAGGUCAUACAGUGACGUUGGUUGAGACGGAAAGUUUACUUAAACCGAUCCUUUCAGCUGAAGAAUUUCCUGUUUGUGUACAUGGGACCUACAAAAAGAAUUUAAAAUCGAUCUUGGAAAGUGGUCUCAAACGCAUGCAAAGGCUACAUGUCCAUUUCUCUUGCGGUUUACCAACUGAUGGUGAAGUAAUUAGCGGUAUGAGGAGGGAUGUCAAUAUCUUGAUCUUUCUUGAUGUUAGAAAAGCUCUUGAAGGGGGGAUGAAGCUUUACAUAUCGGACAACAAAGUGAUCCUGACUGAAGGUUUUGAUGGUGUUGUCCCUGUUGAAUAUAUCGAGAGGAUAGAAUCAUGGCCCGAUAGGAAGCUUAUACCGAUCGAGACUUACCUCACCUGAACCCUUUGUGACCUUUUCGCUAUCUUCGGCUAUUAUCCUUGAUAUUCUUCUUUACAAGGGUUUAAAUCGACGUUUUCUCGAGCUCAGAAGGUUAGCCUUUAUUUAGCCAUGAAUUACAAAUAUGUAUUCUAUGAACCUGAUUUUGUAGCUUAACUUUGGCAAUUUGAACAUGUCAAUUAUAUUAAUUUUUAAAAGAAUGAUUCUUACUUUGUUUUCU